AUGGCUGACACCACUGUAUUUGUCUGCCCUGGGUGCGACAGGAAUGACUUCAAAAGUCUCAGAGCUGUGAAGACCCAUUUUGAGUUGAAGAAACACAAGCUUUUUUGUGAUCCGUGCCAAAAGGGAUUCACAAAUGUAUGGAACUUGCUUCAGCAUACUCAGAAGCAUCAAAAGCCUGAUCAAAAAGAGAAGAUUCCUUCUGGGUCCUCUCCCCUUCCACCUCCUGCGACACAGGGCCGAAAGCGGGCUCCCAAGCCUAAGUCAAACCCUAAGCCCCUGGUUGUCCAACCUGUCGUUGAAGUGCUCCCAUUUCCCUCGCAUCCAUGGUCGCCUGCAGCCCCGAGGAGCCCAGUGGAACCCACAGAGAUGGAGAGUCUAGAUCUCCAGAUUGAAGCACUCAAUUUGCAGCCUCUCGUUAUCACAAGGACAAAUCGUCAUGCCGUUCUUGGGCUGCCAGAACAAUCAUUGUAUCUGCGAUACCUCUUGUUGCAAUGUCACAACAACAUCCGCCUUCGGGCACAAGGUUUCAUCGUGGAAACAAUCACAGACGAUACCAGAAGGCGCCCUUCGAUCCCAAAAUCGCUCUUCCUUAAUACGCCUGCGGCUGUUUCAAGCGAAGCUCCAAGGAAAAGCGCCGUUGUCCUCGACUGUGAGAUGGUGCAAGUGGCCGAUGGACUUCGGGAAGUGGCAUACAUUACUGCCAUCGACUUUCUCACCGGUGAUGUGCUCUUGGACCAUUAUGUGCAGCCAGACAAGAAGGUUGUCAGUUGGGAUACUCGAUACAGCGGUGUGACAUGCGAUGCGAUGAAGAAGGCUGUCCGAAAAGGCCAAGCAAUAAUGGGCUGGCGUCGCGCGCGCCAGCAUCUAUGGAAAUUCGUAGGUCCCGAAACAGUGCUGAUCGGUCAUUCACUCAACAACGACCUUGACGUGCUGGGCAUUGUGCACCCCAAAAUCGUCGACUCCUCCAUCCUCACCAGCGAGGCUGUUUUCAACGAGUUACUCCCGGGCCAGGCCCUAUUGCGCACAUGGAGCCUCAAAACCCUCACCCAGGAGCUGGCUGGUUACGAGAUCCAGACAGCAGGCAAAAAAGGUCACAGUGCCUAUGAGGAUACCAUGGCCACACGGGAUAUCUUGAUUUGGUGCAUCAGAAAUCAGAAAUUGUGGGCGAUAUGGUCGGCAGAAAGGCGUGAUGCCGAGAAGAUUCGUGCUUUGGAACAUGAGCUCGCCAAAAUCCAGGCAAAGCUGGAGCAAGUAAAAAUAAACAAGGAAAAAUCAGAUAAAGAGAGGGAGGAGGAGAAGCUGGAAAUUAUGAAACUUGCAGCUGGGCUUUCAUGA